UUGUAUUGUUUGGGCGGCUGAUCAAUAAUAAUAUAGAAAGAAAAAUAUAUAACGACCGAGUGAUGAAGAAGCGCCGAAGUUUACAAUACCACCACACCCACUUAUUAUAUAUUUACACAAUUUCUCGGCUCAGAGUCAAAACAUAAACUCUUUCUCUGCUUGAUCUUUGUAACAAUACUAUGAAAAUUAAGAUCCAAGAUUCCACCAUGGUCCGUCCUGCUGCCGAGACCCCAAUCACUAGUCUUUGGAACUCUAACGUUGACCUCAUCAUGGCUAAGUACCACACCCCUAGCGUCUACUUCUACAGACCAACCGGCGACUCCAGUUUCUUUGACCCUCAGGUCCUCAAGGACGCUCUUUCCAAGGCUCUCGUCCCCUUUUACCCCGUGGCUGGUCGCUUGAAGAAGGACGAUGAUGGUCGUAUCGAGAUUGAUUGCAACGGUGCGGGUGUUCUCUUCGUCGUUGCUGAUACUCCCUCUGCCAUUGACGAUUUUGGGGACUUUGCUCCUACACCCACUCUCGGCCUGCUUAUUCCCCAUGUUGAUUACUCCAUCGGCGUCCACACUUUCCCGCUCCUCGUCUUGCAGGUGACCUUCUUCAAAUGUGGGGGAGCUUCCCUUGGGGUUGGAAUGCAACACCACGUGGCUGAUGGUUUCUCUGCUCUCCAUUUUAUCAAUACAUGGUCUGAUAUGGCCCGUGGUCUUGACCUUACCAUUCAACCCUUCAUUGACCGAACUCUCCUCCGCGCUAGAUACCCGCCUCAGGCUGCUUUUCAUCAUGUUGAAUAUCAGCCUUCCCCUAGUAUGAGGAUCCUGUCAUCCAAACCAGUCCCUGAUGAUACCACAGUGUCUAUUUUCAAAAUAUCACGCGACCUGCUUGUUUCUCUUAAGGCUAAAUCCAAUCAGGAGAACACUCUAAGCUAUAGCUCAUACGAGGUCUUGGCUGCCCACGUGUGGAGAUCAGUGGGCAAAGCUCGCGGACUUCCAGACGACCAAGAGACCAAGCUGUACAUUGCAACUGAUGGAAGGUCUAGGUUUCGUCCGCAGCUGCCCCCUGGUUUCUUUGGCAAUGUGGUCUUUGCUGCGGCACCAUUGACUGUUGUAGGGGAUCUUCUAUCAAAGCCAACAUCGUAUGCUGCAGGGAUCAUUCAUGAUGCUAUAGCUAGCAUGGACGAUAGCUACCUGAGGUCUGCUCUUGACUACCUUGAGAUGCAGCCUGAUCUGUCAGCACUGGUCCGCGGUGCACAGACCUACAAAUCCCCAAACUUGGGAAUCACAAGCUGGGCCAGAUUACCCAUGUAUGAUGCAGACUUUGGUUGGGGUCGUCCCAUAUAUGUUGGACCUGGUGCAAUUGCAUACGAGGGUUUGUCUUUUGUGCUACCAAGUCCUACAAAUGAUGGCAGCUUAUCCUUGGCCAUUGCCCUCCAACCUGAACACAUGAAACUGUUUGAGAAGUUUUUGUUCGAGAUAUGAGAGACAUAACAAGCUUAUGGUUUGUU